GACGGUGCAUGAGAAGGUUGUGUUGACGGGGAUUAUCACAUGGCUUGCGGGAGCGAUUACGUUGGCAGCGGGCGUGAUGCGGUUCGGAUUCCUCGAUGGUGUACUCUCUCGUGCCCUCCUCCGGGGUUUCAUCUCCGCCGUUGGGGUGGUGAUUAUUAUCGAUCAAUCACUCAUCUGUACAGGCUUGACAAUGCUGGCCGAACAAUCCGAUAUCCACCAUAAAUCAACACUGGCGAAGGGACUCUUCGUCUUGCGUUCACUUGGGUCUGCGCACCGCCUCACUACACUCGUCGCGUUGUCCGCGUUUACGAUAUUGGUCACGUUGAGGGUGAUCAAGGCGAAGCUCCAACCACGGUAUCCAGGGAUGGUCUACAUCCCCGAGAUCCUGCUGGUCGUUAUCUCAUUCUCCCUCCUCGCGGACUACUUCGACUGGGAUGCCCAAGGCGUCUCCAUCCUGGGAAAAGUCAAGUCAUCGAACCUCGUAAUCGAUCCCUUCCCCCCCCGCGCACACAAUUUCAAGCACGUCCGUACCGUACUCUCAACGUCCUUCCUCUGCGCAACCCUCGGAUUUUUCGAGUCCCUCGUCGCCGGGAAAUCUCUGGGUCCCCGAUACGACUACUCCGUCUCCGCAAACCGCGAACUCGUCGCCCUCGGCGCCGCAAACGUCUUGGGCGGGAUGUUCGGCACUCUCCCCGCAUUCGGCGGUUAUGGGCGCUCAAAGAUAAACGCGUUGACGGGAGCCCGCACCCAGAUGUGCGGGGUCAUCCUCGCGAUCUUGGUGGUGCUUUCGACGAGGUAUUUGAUGCCCAUGUUUUUCUAUCUCCCUAAAUGCGUACUCGCUGCGAUCAUCUCUGUCGUGGCUUGGGGCCUCUGUGUCGAAGCACCUGAUGAAAUCGCGUUUUUUGUGAGAGUUGGUGGGUGGAGGGAUUUAGCUUUCAUCGCGCUCACGUUCUUCUUGAGCGUGUUUUGGAGUUUGGAGUUGGGUAUCGCGGUCGGUGUCGGUUUGAGUUUGGUGUUGGUCGUGAAGCAUUCAACAUCUCCCCGGAUCCAGAUUUUGGGGCGGGUGAGGGGGACGAGUGGUCAAUUCGCGAAUGCUGAGAAUGAUGCGCAUUCGAGGGACGAUGAUUGCGAACUCGAAGAUGUGGAGGGGUGUUUGAUCGUCAAAGUCCCAGAACCAUUGACCUUCGCAAAUACCGGACAACUCCGCGAUCGACUCCGGAGGCUGGAAUUAUAUGGCCACCCCCACGCACAUCCAUCCCACGAACCGACCCGCUCCCCGCACCACAACGCAAACAUUAUCUUCGAUCUCGGGGCAAUGUCACACAUCGACACCUCCGCAAUCCAAAUCCUCCUCGAAGUAGUAACCGAGUACGAGAAAAGUGGAUCCAGAGUGUGGUUUGCGAGGGUGAGGAGCGGAGGGGAGGUUUGGUCGUUGUGUGAGAGGAGUGGUAUUGUCGGCUUGCUUGGCGGUUGGGAGGGUGGAAGGUUUUGUGAGAGUGUGGAGAGGGCUGUAGGGAGGAUUGAUAGGGGGAGGGAGAUGAGUGCGGGCAGCGUUGAGGAGGUGUGAUUUAGCAUGUUAGAAUGGAUUUGGAUACAUUGGGCGCUACGGGACGAAACAUGCAUGAAGACGUGAGAAAUAAUACUGAUU